AUGUCCGCGACGCCCUCCGACCGUCCGCGGCCUCCGGCGGCCCGAGACCCCGCCCGCCGCUCCGGAGCCCGGCCGCGCGGGCCCACCCGGCAGCGCGCCCACCUCCGGGGGGCUCCAUCCCGGCCUCCCCCGGCCCGCUCCUCAGCGCCCGCGAAGGCUCCCACCCGCAGCCUCCUCGCGCCCGGGGACGCCCGGGCCCUCCAGCCCCGGAGCAGCGGCAGUGACGGCGGCGGCCGGAGAAAGCCCAGCGGCGGCGACGGCGAGAGGGCGCGCGACGUCGUGGCCCAGCGCGGGGGUCUCUGGGACACCGAGUUCCGCCGCUCGCCGCGCGUCCCGGUGCCCGCGGGCGCUGGACUACAAGUCCCGAAAGACAUUGCUAAGAAAAUGAAAAGACAUGCUACCAGCCUGGGAGAAAAAAAUACCGCGGAUCACACAUCCAACUAUAUAUACAUGUGUGUGUCUAGAGCUCGCCAAACUUAACAGAAAACAACCCAAUUAAAGAAACAAAAUGA